AUGUCCUUGCCGUUUGACACGGAUGUCUUACUUGGCUUCAAGGACUUACUGAAAGCGCGCCUAUCCUUAAUGUGGACAAAGCAGGAUUUGUUGGUAGUUGUUCCUCAGACGCAGGUCAUAGACUUCUUGAAGUCUCAAGCGGUGGAUGAGGAGCAGCCGGGAAUGAAGAGCCCGCCGGGCAAGCGGGCGAGAGCGCGGCGCACACAAGUUAGAAGCACGCGGCGAAAGCUUGAUGUGCUAAUGCCGCAGAACAUAAAACUCAACACGUUACAUAGCCACCUGGGCUUACGUGCGGUACAUUGGAAUGAGUUUAAGGAGUAG